UCAGGACAGAGACGUCCCGCUUCUGAGACGAGCCCCUGAGCAGCAAAGAGCCACCACUUGUGUGGGACAUGAGGUGCGAGCAGGGCUUCCAUCACCUUCACUCCGAGAGCCCUACUAUGCUUUUUCCAUCCACGCGGCUUCAGUCCAUCAUCUGGGCCACCAGCUGAUGAGAUGGCACAGAGCGCCGAGCUCCAGCCGAGCUUCGAGGACGUUUUUGACAUUCUAUCCCGGAUCCCACAAGAUAAACUCCUUACCUUCAGACAUAAACUGACACGCUUGGUAUUUGGGCCCAGCAGCAAAUUACUUCAAGCCAUGAUCCUGCUCAUUCUGCGGCGAGAAGGGGAUGCAAGGAUCUGUCUGGAUGCCUUGGGAGAUAACCGGGCAGCCCAGUAUGUCCACCACACCAAACUGGGCACUACAGGAGUGAGGAAAGACGGGGAGGACUUGCAGCCUCCCCAGCUGGAUGCGGGUGCCAGGGAGCUUCUGGCACAGAUCUACUCCCUGUUGGCAGAUGAAAAACUGUGCAGUCACGAAGCCAUGGACAAAGCCUACCAGGCUGCCACCAAAGCCAGCAAGGGGGACACGCUCAACAGCAUCCCACCUGAGGACCAGGAGAAACACGGCUUUGUUGUCAACAGGGGCCCAGGUGGCAAAUUUCAGACGCUGAGAUCUGAUGUGGGAGUAGGGUUUCUCCAGACGCCCAGCCCAGAGCACGUGGGGAGAAGUUCCCCAGUGGAGAUUGGAGGUAACUCAGACUUUUCGGGCCCACGGACCUUGCACUCCUCGGAGAGUCCUCCUUUCCCCAGUUGCUUUGAGAUCAGCGCGUCGCCAACUGUUGUUCUUUGCACCCAGCCUUCCUCCCAGGAGCACGGCCCCCAGUCUGGCUGGCUGUGCCAAGGGAGCACCAGCAGUGCUGGACACCCCACUGGGGAUGAAGAGAGCCAUGGCCUGCAGGAAACGAGCUGGGCCAGCAGAACCAACUCUCAUCUCGGGCAGGACACAAGUGCCCAAGUCCCCCAGCCGGAGAAGGUUCUGGGGGUCACUUCAAGUCACCCAACUGUGCCAAUUCCUGAAACACAGCCGCCCACCCAGGGCGUUGUGAACCAACCUGUCCAAACUAGUGACGUUUCCAGCACUGUGGCAGCAGAACCUCAUGCACCAAAAGAAAGCACAGACAAAAAUCAAGAUGAAAAGCAAUUACCUACAAUUAUUUCUGACUUAAGAGCUACAGUGGAUACUGGUCUGGCCCAUACCACCAGGGAGGACUCCUAUGUUCCAGCAGGCACUUCUAACUCUGCAUCUUCCAUUUCAGCCUCUCCUCCUUAUUCUGUCUUCUCAACCCUUCCGUCUCCUCUUCAGGGAGCUGCUCCCAACUUAUCAUAUCCUUCUCCCCUCCCCUCAUCCACCUCUCCAGCCUGGCCUCCUCCUCUCCAAACUCUAGAAGCAGGGCUCGCAUCAGAGCCAGACGCUGGAGACAGAAAGUUCUUCACUUUUGUUGUCCUGCACGCUAGUGAAGAUGAGAGUGUUGCCCAUCGGGUCAAGAACCUGCUGGAGAGCAUGGGGGUUCCCAACGGUGCCACGCUCUCUGAGAACUUCUUCAUUGCUGGACGCAGCCAUCUGACUUGCUUCCAGGAUGCUAUGGAAAACUCGGCUUUCAUCAUCCUUCUGCUGACCAAGAACUUCCUGUGCAACCUCUGUAUGUUCCAGACAAACACUGCUCUGAUGGAGUCCAUCAUGAACCCAUCCAAGUGCGACUCAGUCAUCCCUUUUGUACCCAAGGAGAGCCCCCUGGAGCGGAGUCAGCUUCCCACCACGCUCAACGGGCUCAUGCCCUUGGAUGAGAACUCUCCCGUGUUCUCCAGGACUGUGCAGAACACCUUUACCAGCAGCAGGAUCAGUAAGAGGAAAGCCAUGUGGGACCUGACGCAGAGAAAGAAACUAGAGCAGUAUCAAACACUGCAGAAUUUAGCUGCUCUGAACCUUGGCUCCCAUCCCCAGGUGCCACCAUCAGCAACGCAGCCGCAGCUACUGGAGCCAUCACCCCAACAGUGGUGUCCCCCUGCUUCGGCUGUCCCUCCUGCCACCCACCUUCCUCACCCCAUGCCUGGUCAGAUGGGUCCUCCUCCUUCCCAGCCACUUCAUCUCCCACCAGGCCACUACAACCUGAUGCCAGAAGGGAUCCCACACCUCAUCAUCCAACACGCUCGGAUGGUUCAGAUCGGGAACCACAACACGAUGCAGGUAGAAGCUGUGACACCAGGCCCAGGGGACAGCAAGAAGGAAACCAGGUAGGAAGGUCCCUCAGAGAUGCAGCAGGUCAGCCAAGGCCAGACACUCACACCGCGUUUCAAACCCAAAAUUAUAGUGAUUCUGGGACUCUUCUAAUUUCACUGCGGGUAAAAGGUGCUACUUUCCUGGAGCACAGGAGAAAAUUACCUUCUUUGUUGGACAGAAGAGGUCGCAAUCUCCCGAGACUAUUUUCCUUGUGCUUCAUUUUCAAAUAACUGAGACAACUUUUUUCCCGAUCUUCUAAGGCUACUGAAAGAUUUUAUAAAUGAAUUUUAAUGAA